UGAAAUCAGAGCCUGGGCAGACCUGGGGUAGUGCAUCCUCGAACAACUACCAAGACCCCUGUUACCCUGCUAGGCCCUAGUUUUCAGGCAGCGACUUAUUAUAUAUAUAUGGUAAGGAGAUACCUUUGGAUAUCUCUCUAAUUCUCCAGUGAUUCGUCCUCGUCGGCACUUAUAUACAUCCUUUUGAUAUCGCAGUAGGGACAUACCAAAGCCAUGAUCUCAAGUAUCAACUUCGGCAACGGCGGCACAGGCGGGUGGUGGACCUAUGUGCUCCUAGCUGUGGUGCUCUUCAUCACCUACCACCUAGCAGUAGCAGUGGGGAGGCAUUUCGCUAUUCGCAAGCUAGGUGGAGGACGAGCCUAUCUCUUAGCCAAUAAUCCUGUGUCCGGAACAUACCGGAUCGUGCGGAUGAUGUCGAAAUUCGCCCAGAACAAGACCGCAGAGCUUAAUGAUGAGAUAUACAACUCACUGCCGCCAGAAAGCCGCAAUGUGUAUGAAUUCCAGUUUUUCCCGGGGUCCAGGACGAUCGAGACAAGAGAACCAGCGCAUAUCAAGGCCAUCCUGGCUACAGAUUUCUACUCGUUUGGAAAGGGGCCCAACUUUCACAGGAUGUGGUAUCCGUUUCUAGGUGACAGCAUUUUUGCUACAGAUGGAAAGCUGUGGCAUAAUAGCCGUAGCCUCAUCCGACCAAUGUUCAUGACUGAUCGAGUGAGCGAUUUGAUAAUCUUUGAGCGUCAGAUAGAGAAGAUGAUGAAAUACAUUCCUCCUUCGGGUCAGACUGUCGAAAUGAUGGAUCUAUUCUUCCGCAUGACAAUGGAUGUAACUACUGAUUUUCUCCUCGGAGAAAGCGCCAACAGCUUGGAUAACCCAAAUUCUGAGUUUACUCAUGCCUUCAACGACGUCCUCGUACGGCAGAUCCGUAUUCUUAUGCUCCGAUUAUUUAGCCCAUUCAACAAGCUCUUCUCUAAAAAAGAGUACUAUCGCGACAUCAAGAUAAUCGAUCAGUUCAUCAUGCCCUACAUUAAACAGACGCUCGCAAUCCCGCCAGAUGAGCUGGAGAAGCUCACCAAGUCAGAUGUCGAAUUUACGUUCCUACAUAAUCUAGCACGUUUUACUCGCGAUCCUAAGGUCAUCCGUGAUCAACUUAUCGCCGUUCUCUUAGCUGGCAGAGACACUACGGCCGGGACGUUGUCGUGGGUUUUCUAUGAGCUUGCUGCUUACCCUGAAAAGGUUGAUAGGCUCCGUGCCGAGAUCUUGGAAUUUGUAGGAGAAAGUGGCACGCCGACUUACGAAACACUGAAGAACAUGAAAUAUCUUCGCUACAUACUCCAAGAGACACUUCGUAUUCAUCCCGCGGUUCCUUCGAAGAUAAAGGAAGCACUCGCAGACACUGUCUUGCCCGGUGCUCCCGGCACCCCAAGUAUUAGCGUCCUCAAAGGCGAUACCGUUUGUUAUAGUCCGAUGACACUCCACGGACGACGCGACCUUUAUCCACCUGUGUCUGAGCAGUUUGCGGAUCCCUCUCUUUUCAGUCCUGAGCGCUGGUACGUCUGGCAGCCCAGACCCUGGGAAUACAUUCCAUUCAAUGGCGGGCCUCGAAUUUGCCCCGGCCAGAACUUUGCCAUGACAGAGAUGGCGUACUGCCUCGUCAAAAUCUUCCAGAAAUACGAGAGGAUCGAAUAUCGUGGGGAUUGGCAUGGGCAGCAAGAUACAAGGGCCAUCAUCUCCCGGCCUACUUUUGGAGUGCCCGUAGCGUUCUAUGAGGCCAAGAAGGAAUGAUACGGAAUAGGCACAAAACGAGGUGCUACCAACAGCCUAAACUUAAUACUUAAUAAUAUCAUGAUUUCAUUUAGUUACAGAACGGGAGGGCUAGGUAAGAAAUUGAAAUACCUACUACCUACUAUUAACAUGGGAUGUUCGACGUCAAUCUCAUGCCUUAUGACUAUACACCAUGUAUGCAUAUAUAAGAUUGUCAAAGUGCUGGCUGUCAGCGAUAAGCAUGUGAAAACAUGAUGCA